GGUUGCAGACAUGGAGAGGACCUAAUAGUGACACCCUUUGCACAAAUUCUGGCCAGUCUUAGAAAUGUGCGAAACAACUAUAUCCACAUAACAAACAUACCCUGCCCCGUCAAUAGGCCUAAAGAGAACAGACGUCCGUCGUAUACAUCACUUCAACAACAACUGCAGUCAAAACAGCAGCCGUUGACUGAAGAUGGAGUGAAUAAGUUAGCGGUCGAUACUCUGGAGGAGUUGGACUGGUGUUUGGAUCAGUUGGAGACGAUUCAGUCGCACCGGUCGGUCGGUGAUAUGGCCACCUCUAAGUUCAAGCGUAUGCUGAACAAGGAAUUGAGUCACUUCUCGGAAACCAAGUCUGGCUCUCAGAUAUCCGAAUGGGUUUUCCGCACAUUUCUAGACAAACAGGAAGAUCUCGAUCUGCCGUUCCUUAGGUUCGAAGACGGUGUGGCCCAACAGUCACAACCCGGUCAUGUGGUGGCCACUGCCAAGAGUGUACUGCCCGGCCCUAUGGUUAGACCCGAUAUGCGGAUAGCCGGGCAAUCGAUGUCACAAAUAACUGGUGUUAAGAAACCAUUGAGUCAUACGAAUAGUUUGACAAAAUUGCCAAAACAUGGCGUCGAAACACCUCAUGAG